CCUGUGAACUCACUGGCCAACCCAAGAGCUGGAAUGCUACCAAUAGCUUAGAUCUCCCUGCUCCUUUACAAUCCGAUCUUGCUUCCUCUUUCCAACGCCAGUAACUUGGGGUCAUUUGUCAACACUUUGCAUAAAUAUUUGCUGUUGUCACAUUUGUGCGUUGAAUGGAAAAUCAGGCCAUGGAACCGUAAGCCACAUUCUAAAUCCGAGGGUCUUCCACCAUUUCUGCUCAUUCCCAGGGCUUAUGCUUCCACAGCCAUUGCAAGCUCAGCCCUUUCACUGUUUUCACAUACACACACGCAUGUGUUUUCACAGACACAUACACGUUCAAGUUCAAGCCAAAUAUUUAAUAACUUUUUGAAGAUUUAUCAAGAUUUGAGGGGCUCUGCUGAGGCCCAUCACACAAUACACGGACUUCCCCCAACUGCAGCCUUUCUCCCUCCCUGUCUCUCCUUCUGUGUCAACUUCUUGCCUUUGCCUUCCAAUCCUAACCCCCAGGUCCUGCCAGCUCCAAAACCAUCCCACUCAGCCAUAGAGAGCGUGAUCUCACGUAACCCCUUUUUCCUCUGAACACAUGGCGUCACUUGGCACCCAGGCCCUGAGGACUAUGAUGGGAGAGGGGUCAGCUCAUGCCCCAAACUUGUGUCAAGGAGCCUAUCUGGGGUUCCUUUGGGGAUCAGCCUUUCUUCCCAGGAAUAUGUUGACCCUCCCUAGGGAGCAAUUAGAUGAGGGACAGAGAUUUAUUUUUCCUCCCUUGAGAACACUGGAGAGCAGAGUAAACAAGAAGUUGUCCUCUUAAAAAAUAAGUUUGAGUUGCAGAAAACCCGGAAUGCACAGGCUUCACUCCAAAGGGAAGUGUGUUCAUCCAUGACCCAAUCAUGUGACUGGCAGAGGCUGCAGGGCUAAGGACAGGGCAGGACAGCCAGCUCUCUGCUCCCACUUCCAAGGGGUGGAGUUCCCAUGGUGUUAUUCAGUGUUUUUUGGCUCACAGGCCACAGGUCUCUACUCGUCCUGCUGACUGCAGUCUCCAGACCCUCUGGCUUGGGUCCUAAGCUCAGAUGGACCCCAUCCCCAAGCCCAGUACCAUCCAUGCCUCCCUGGAGACUUUCUCCUUGGGCUUGAGGCAGACGGCUGCUGAUGGGGUCCAUCAGGAUAGACUCCUGAGAUAUGACUUGUGUUUUCCAGGCUGUUUGUCCCUGACAGGCCCCAGCUAUGUGAUGGGCACCACGGGGGGCUCUCUGAGCGUGCAGUGUCACUACGAGGAGAUGUACAAGGGAUAUAACAAAUACUGGUGCCGAGGACAGUAUGACACAGCAUGUAACAUAAUUGUGGAAACCAAAGGAGAAGAGAGAGAAGAGAGGAAUGGCCGUGUGUCCAUCAGAGACUGUGCUGAUAAGCUCACCUUCACAGUGACCAUGGAGAACCUCAACGCAGAUGAUGCUGGAACUUACUGGUGUAGGAUUCAGACGGUAUGGAUCCUGGACGCGUGGUCAUAUGACCCUUCAGUCCAGGUUAAGGUGUUUGUUUUCCCAGCGUCAAGUACAACCACAGGGAGGACCACACGUCCAGCUGCACCUGCCACUCUUCCAGUGGUGAACACCAGGCAGAACGUCAGCACCGGGGAGGUGCUGACCCACAGCUCAGGGUCCCCACUCAGCAACAUCCACUUCCUGCUCCUGGUCUUCCUGAAGCUGCCCCUGUUCCUGAGCAUGCUUGCUGCUGUCCUCUGGGUGAACAGACCUCAGAGGGGCCCCGGAGGGAGACAGAGUCAGCCUGCCCAGGGGAAUCUACCAGGCAGUGCGCCAUCCUUAGGAACACUGUGUCCAGCAAUAUAGCCCUUCAGACUGGACUAGGGAGACCUUUGGACUCUGGACUCCAGGGCAGGGGAACAGCAGUGCCUGGAUUCUGGGGGGGACUCAGGUCUUCUAGGGUAUUGUUCGUGUGACUUCAGGGAGAGUUCUGGAUCUCGGAGGACACUCUAUGAGUCCUCAGGUGCAGGAGGAAUGAGUCUCCCAGGCUCCUGCCUGGGGCCCUCCUUUCUUCUCCCCAGAUCCCCUUGCUCUCUGCCCACCUCCCAAAGGCAAGAAUUCUCUAGAAAUUGCAUGCUCAGAAGCCUGUCCCUUUACUCUUCUCCUUGGCACAAAAGCUUCUCAGCUUAGUGUCCUCCAGGGCAGUAACCAGCUCCUUCCUGCAGGCAGGAGGCUCCCUGAGGACAUGCCUCUCACAGCUUUAGUUCCUGGGCUCACAGGACGCUAUCCCCUCCUCUGGGACAAUCCCAGGGGGGUGUGGUCCUGGCGGAGCAUGCUCACACAAGUGCCCGCUGUCCUUUGUGCUCAGGGUUCUCUGCUAAUGCCAAUGCCUCUUGGGUCUCACUGACCUUCAAUCCCCCUUGUGCUUCUGUGACCAGGGAGUGUGUGGCUGGGCUCAGAGCGUCUCUGCCUGGGACACCCAUGGCAGAGUAGCUUCAAGUUAAAGUUCUGGGUCCAGUUGGAACAGUAGUAGGAGCAGGAGGCAGUGAGUGCCCCUAAUAUCACUCUUGGAAUUCUCCAACCUGAGGGUCUCCUGUGCACAGCUCUGAUGGAGAGUACAGAUUUACCUGCUUUAGGAGAAGUCCGGCUGAGGCCACCUGUUGACAGUUAACACUUUCCAUGGGAGAUACAGGCAUAGUUUUCCAAAGACAGGGUGCAGGAAGCAGAGGUGAGGAGAUACUUCACCACACUGGGAUGGCACGAUGCCACAGCCACCACUUGGCAUCUCUAGCCCAAGAAAGGGCUCAGUUGGUUCUUGAACACUUGUCAAUUGCUUCCUGCCUGAAGUUUGCAGGUGGAGUUGCACAGUCUGUCACAAGCAGAGUCACCAACUCCGCUCAACUCCCUGUGUCUAGACCAGCCCUCUCCUCUCCACCAAGCUCAAGCCUGCCCUGAGCUAGUGAUGCCAGUUUCCAGAAAACACUGAGAGCUCCUCUGAGUGCUGAGUUCUCAGGUGCCACACUCGGAACCUGAGCCCUGAUGUGGCUACCACAAGGGCAGAGUCAUUUAUGGUUCCUCAAGGAGAGCUGAGGCUGACCUGGGACUCAGCUGAAGGAGAAAUUCAACUUAAUGAGGCACAUAUUAAUCAUAUCAAUAAAACAUACACAGGGAAAUAUAGGAAACAUAGCGAUGGGUAAGAGAGAAGCUUGUGAUACACCUUAUAAAAAAGACAAGCUCACAAAUCAGCAUAGUAUAGACAGGACUGGUAAGCGCCACAGGAGAGCCAUAGGCAAGAUGUUUCAUGAGGGAAAACUUGUCAGAUUGAGAAAGAAGAUGACAUUUGAGAAUGAUGUUAAAGGAGGUGUAGGAUUUCAGCGGAGUGUGGGUGAGGGGGAGCAGGGAGUAUGGAGACAUAUUCAGAGGAACAGCAUAAGUGAAAGCAGAGAGGGAGGAAAUAAUCGCAGUUGUCUCUCAUAGAGGGUCUAUCGGCAAAUGGAAUGUGGUAUUCACAUAAGUUUCUCAUGGUGGAGGUGUGUCUAAGAUUCCAAUGAAGUGAUUUUUUUGUGUGUGUGGCAGUGCAGACGGAGCUAAUCUAGGAGAACUAACGUGGGGGCAGGUUGUGGAGGCUUGAGACCCAACUCUUACUUACACAUUGAUUGUAGACCCUUGGAUGGAUUUGAGCAGGUCAAAAUGGGGAUCAGAUGUGUGUUUUAGGAAGGCUUAUCUAGCAGAUGUAUAGGGUAGUCUGAAAGGAAAAUUCUGGGAGUCUGGAGGUCUCAAGCCUGGAAGACCUGAAAAGUGGAGGAACACUGACGCAAAUGGGAAAGUCAGGGGCAGACUUGGGUGAUGCAGAGCUUGGUUUCCUCUGUGUGACUGGGAUAACCAGGCAGAAAGUUCUAGCAGGAAGCUGGAGAUGUAUGUUAGCAGAGUAUUGAUGCCAGAGAGAUGUAUGGAGAAGUUAAUUGGAGUCCAGGGAGAAUGAAAUCUUCAAGGGAAGAUUUCAGAACCAAGAACAGAGUCUCUGGCGCACCUAUAGUUAGGGAGAAAGGGUAGAGAGAAGAGACAAUGAACAAGGUACUGGAGAAGGAACAAACAGGUGGAAAGUGAGAAGCCAAGGGCUGUGAAAGGGAGAGAGCAGAGCCAGAAAGGUAGAGGUGGGUCAGGAAUGAGAAGAGGCCAUUGAAAUUAUCACUCACAAGAUCACUGGUUAAGUACAGGUGAGCAGGUCAACAGAGCUGCGGGAGCAGAAACCAGAUAGGAAAAGUUAAGAAAGAGUAACUAGAUAGUGAGGAUGGGUGAGAGCAGAUGCAGGAGAAAGAGACAGCAGAUUCCCCUUCCUUCCUUCCAUUUUUCCUUUCUUUACUCAUUCAUUCAACAAACUUUUAUUGUGUGUCUAUGGUGCAUUGUUCUGGGCAUGAAGAUAAUGUUUUAAACAACGCAGAUUCCCCACUCCAAAAAAAGGGAAGGUUGAGAAACAGACUCACAAUUUCAAUGUUUAUUUUCCACCUGUAUAUCUUCCUUUGUGAAAUGCUUGUUCACGGCUUUUGCCUAAUUUUCUAAUUGAAAAAAGUUUUUUAUACUGUCGAAAUUUGGGAGUUCUUUAUAUAUUCUAGAUGCUAUUUCUUUGUUGGAUACGUGGUUUGCAUAGUUUCUCAGACUAUGGCUUGCCUUUUCAUCCUCCUCACAGGGUCUUUCAUAAUGCAAACACAUUUUAAUUUUGAUGAAGUACAAUUUGUUAAUUUUUUUGUUUUGAGGGUUGUGCUUUUGGCAUCAUGUUUGAGAACUUUUCACAUAGCCCUAGAUCCCUAGUAUUUAUUCCUAUGUUUUCUUCUAAAGUUUUUACCAUUUUUAUAUUUUACAUUUAAAUUUGUGGACCACAAUCCAUUUUGAAUUAUUUUUUUUGUAUGCUAAGAAUUAGUGUUUUUUUUCCACCUGUGGAUGUACAAUUGUCUCAGCACCAAUUGCUAAAAAGACUAUCCUUUGUCUAUUUAAUUGCUUUUGGUCCUUUGUCAAAAAUCAGUUGGGCGUAUCUGUGUUGGAAGAUGUAUAGACAGGUUAAUUGGAGCCCAGGGAGAGGCGAAAUCUUUAAGGGAAGAGUUCAGAACCAAGGACAGUGGCUUUGAAGCCCUUACAGUUAGGAACCGAGGGUUUUGGGUUCUCUGUUUUCUUCCAUCAAUCUGUGUGUCUACUCCUCCUCUAAUAUCACACUGUCUUGAUUACCAUAGCUAUAUAAGUAAGUCUAACAUUAGGCAGAGUAAAUCUUCCCUCUUCAUUCUUUUUCAAAGUUGUUUUAGGUAUUCUAGUUCUUUUGCCUUUGUACAUAAA